AUGUGGGAGUUUAUGAAUGGCCCACUUGAAGCUGAGAUUGAAGUGGAGCUUGAAGCAGAGAUUGACACCGAGGUUGAAGUGGAGAUUGAUGUUGAGGUUGAAGCAGAGAUUAAUACCAAUCAGUGCCAAAGGUACUACCUAGCUGAUGGCAUUUACCCUGAAUGGGCAUCCUUUGUUAAGACAAUCCCAUUGCCUUAUAGUGAGAAACACAAAUUAUUUGCAAAAAGACAAGAAGUUGCAAGAAAAGCUGUUGAAUGGGCAUUUGGAGUUUUGCAAGCUCGAUUUGCAAUAUUACGAGGCCCCGCACAUUUUUGGAAAGAAGAAACACUUGCAAACAUCAUGUAUGCAUGUAUUAUACUGCACAACAUAAUGGUUGAAGAUGAGAAGGAUUCCUACGAGGUGCGGUACAAUGACAUUGAGCAAUAUGAUGUACGGGACGAAGACAAUUAG